GCCCGGCCGCGUCACGGGAGCGCGCGGCGGUGUUGGGCCGAGCGCGGCGGGGCCGCUCGGCUCCCGCUCCCGGUCCCGUCAUGCAGGCGGUGGAGCGGGACGGGGCGGCAGGCGGCCCCGAAGGGCCGACGGGGGCUGCUGAGGCCCCGCCGGAGCCGUCUCCGCCCAAGGCUGCCGCUGCUUUCGAUCUGCUGGAGCUGGUGCGGAGCUACCGGCGGCUGGAGCUCUACCUGGAGCCGCUGCGGGACGCCGCCGAGGGUGUCCGCUCCCUCCUGCGGUGGCAGCGGCCUGUGUGCUCUCUCCUGGUCUGCCUCGGCCUCAACUUCCUCCUGCUCACGCUCGGCCAAGCUGCCUGGUACUCGGUGCUGGCCCUGCUGGUCGCGGUGCCGGCCCUGCUGGGUUACCUGCAAGAGACGUGCCGGGCCCGGCCCUCGGAGCCCGAGCUGGUGCGCAGGAGGUACCACAGCAUCCGCAGGGAGGAUCUGCGCAAGGUGCAGCUCUCGCGGCAGGAGGCCAUCGCCCAGGUCAAGAGCUUCCUGAUCCAGCUGGAGGGGUUUCUGAACGGGAUGUGCUGCAGCUGUGAGGCAGUGUACCGUGUGCUCUACUGGGAGAACCCCACUGUCUCUUCCCAGUUUUAUGGGGUGCUACUGGGCACUAUCUGUGUCCUCUACCUGCUGCCCCUCUGCUGGGUCCUGGCCAUCCUCAAUAGCACCCUCUUUCUGGGCAACACCCAGUUCUACCAAGUGAUAAUGGAGCUCAAGGCCUCCAUCGAGCAGUGUGUGGGCUCCAAACCCCUCGAGAGCACUCCUGAACCUGCUGAAUCCCUGCCACCAGCUGCUGCCCCAGAUCGGACCCCCACCCCCACCAGUGCAGAGGACCUUACCCCUGGCAGUGUGGAGGAAGCAGAGGAGGCAGAGCCUGAUGAAGAGUUCAAAGAUGCAAUUGAGGAGGAUGAUGAGAGCUCUCAGUGCUCAGCAGAUUUUGACCUCAGCCUCCCAGACAAUGGUUUUAUGAGCAAAAAUGAGGUGAUCCGCAGCAAGGUGUCCCGCCUGACCGAGCGCCUGCGCAAGCGCUACCCCAGCAACAACUUUGGGAACUGCACAGGCUGUGCUGCCACCUUCUCUGUGCUCAAGAAGAGGCGGAGCUGCAGUAACUGUGGGAACAGCUUCUGCUCCAGGUGUUGUUCCUUCAAAGUCCCCAAGGCUGUGAUGGGAGCCACGGCCCCGGAGGCUCAGAAGGAGACAGUGUUCGUGUGUGCGCUCUGCAACCAGGUGCUCAUCAAGUGAUGAAACAGGCCCGGCCAGCUCCUGUGUCCUGCACUGCCUGAGACCUGGGACAGCGGGCAGGCACCCCUGCCACUGGCAGCCCGGAGUGUUUGGAUCCCAGCAUGGCAUUCCCCUGCCAGAGGAUGCUUGCACUCGUGCUCCUCCUGCCAGCGCCAGGCUGGACGGACCAGCCUUCCUUGCCAUGCACCAGCUGGGUCGCUGUGGUGGAGCACUGCCCACGGCUGUGCCCCAUCCCUGCAGCUGCUCCAAGCCCUGGGUGCUCUCUGGCACUUGCUGUGCCCUGCCACGUGCUUGCCCAGGCCCUUUGGCCUGGCUCAGUGAUGGAAGAGCCAUCCUCCCUACUCGUGGUCCUGCCUUCGCCUCCUGGGUGGGGCAGAACAACCUCAGGGCUCUGUCCCUACCUUUCCCAGCACUGUGCUAUAAGUGACUGUAUUUUUGGGAUCAGUUCAGAGCUCCUGCAUUCCUUGAUGGGGUCUGCACUAGCUAGGUCUUUCAUCCUGGCUCAGCUGAGACUCUGCUAGUCACUCCUGUGCUCCUCAGCCUCACUGCCUGCAGGUUUAGUCUUUCAUCCCUGAAUUUGGCUGUAACCCGGAGGAGGAAAGGGAAUGAGUUUGGAUUGGGCUGUGUGGCUGGGUCUCCAGUGUGACAAAAGGCAGGAGUGGUGCUGCUCUGUGCACUUAGUGACUGCUGCUUUCUACUACAGAUUAAUAUAUAAAUGCAUAUAGAGAAUGACCAAUAAAUCUCUUGUCCUCAG